GUCACAUGGUGCUGGGAUCGUAUGAAGAGAAGGAGAGUGAACAGCUCAGAAAGAAGCUAGAAUUCGGCGCAGGGCUCUAUUUUCUCUUUUUCAUAAAUCCCGGAUGGCGUUUGUCACUCAGGAACAGAUUUCUCAGUUCCACAAAGAUGGCUUCUUAGCUCUGGAGGAGUUUUUCACCUCGGAGGAAUGUGACGCGAUGCAGGCCCAGAUCCGAAAGAUCAUUGCUGAAAUGGACGUGCCCCCUCAAUGCCGCACUGAAUUCUCAACAAAGCACGACGAGCAGCUCCAAGCCCAGGGAAGUGCGGAAUAUUUCCUAACCAGUGGCGACAAAAUCAGGUUCUUCUUUGAAAAAGGUGUUUUUGACGAGGAAGGGGAAUUCCUGGUAUCGAAGGACAAAUCUAUUAACAAAAUUGGCCACGGCAAGUAUGAACAAUGGUGGUUAUCUCAAAGAGGGGCAUUGCAUGCCUCUGAUGGUGUCUUCAAGCAAGUGACUCAUUCCUCAAAAGUACAGGCCCUGGCAAGGAAAAUUGGCCUCGAGAACCCUGUGGUGGUACAGAGUAUGUAUAUCUUCAAGCAGCCUCACAUUGGUGGUGAAGUGACACCCCAUCAAGAUUCCACCUUCCUGCACACAGAACCUUUGGGCAGGCUGGUGGGCCUCUGGAUUGCCCUGGAAAAUGCCACCAAGGAGAAUGGCUGCUUGUGGUUCCUACCCGGGUCUCACACAAGUGGGAUCACAAGGCGCAUGGUUCGAACUCUCCAAGGCACAAUUCUGUGCACGCAGUUCAUUGGCUCUGAGCGGGAAUAUGACAACAGUCAAUUCAUUCCUGUGCCGAUUGGGAAAGGUGGUCUCAUUUUGAUCCAUGGGGAGGUGGUCCAUAAAAGUGAAGCCAACUGCUCAGAAGCCUCUCGCCACGUCUACACCUUCCAUUUGAUGGAGACCAAGGAGACCGUCUGGAGCAAAGACAACUGGCUUCAGCCAACCCCGGAACUGCCUUUUCCACCCCUCUAUAUGCAGAACUAACAAGGGACGGGUUGACCUACGCAUCCUUCCAAGGCAACUGCUGGCCACGGUUUCCCUCUGAUCCUGUUAUUGAAAUAUCAGUUUCUGGCAUUGUCUUAUCUUUGACCUGAGGUAGUUAAAGCAGGAAGACAAUUCCCUUUGGGCUUUACCUCCACGGUGUCAGGCUCUGUUCAUUUAUGAUAUUAAUAAAGACUGUUACUAACCAUUUUCAUUGAUGCAUAGAAAUGCCUACUAACAGGGGACCGGGGUGGUAAGAAGGGAGGGGGGAAGAGCAGAGAGCCAUUCCCAGGAAUAUCAAAGGUUGCCAAGGUCCCUUUGAAGUAGACAGUAUGUGCCAGAUUCUCACCUCAUCCCCAGAGGCACCAAGGACAUUUGCCUUUGGGAAAUGUAACCCACCAACAGAAGAGAUAAGGGGGGGGGGGGGGAGCGCUGGGAAAAAUCGCACAUGCAAAAGUAACCUUUUGUUUUGGGAAUUGAGGGGUAGAGAUUAUUGCUUUGAUGUAGAAGGUUAAAUGCUAACAAUUCGAACUGAUCUCCAUCAGUUCCAAUCUCAGCCAUGCUGGAGUAACUCUGAAGUAUCCAAUAAAUGCAACUUUGUUUCAAA